AGAGUCGGAUUUUGACUGCGCGAAUAGAGGCCGCAACAGAAGGGGUAUAUGCUGUUAUGUUCUCUCAAAUUUCCCUAUAAAUCCUCCCCACUCUUAUCACUCUUUCUCACAUCACAUCACAUAACACCCCAUUCGCCAUUCCCCUUUUCUCUCACUGAAUUGCAGGAAUUCAACACAAGGAAACUUGCAAUUUUUGCAACAUGGCGAAAGAACAAAUCCAGGUGCUAAAUGCACUCGAUGUGGCCAAAACACAAUGGUACCAUUUCACUGCAAUUAUAGUUGCUGGAAUGGGCUUCUUCACUGAUGCAUAUGAUCUAUUCUGCAUAUCCCUUGUCACCAAGUUGCUAGGCCGCAUUUACUACCACGUUGAUGGCGCGGCGAAGCCCGGAACAUUGCCUCCCAAUGUAUCAGCAGCUGUAAAUGGCGUAGCUUUCUGUGGUACACUUUCAGGACAGCUUUUCUUUGGCUGGCUUGGUGACAAAAUGGGAAGAAAAAAAGUCUAUGGCAUGACCCUAAUGGUGAUGGUGAUAUGUUCUAUUGGUUCUGGCCUUUCAUUUGGAAAUAGUCCAAAAUCUGUGAUGGCAACACUUUGCUUCUUCCGCUUCUGGCUUGGAUUUGGAGUUGGUGGAGACUACCCUCUUUCUGCUACCAUAAUGUCUGAGUAUUCUAAUAAGAAGACUCGCGGAGCCUUCAUCGCCGCGGUCUUUGCAAUGCAGGGUUUUGGAAUUCUGGCAGGUGGUAUAUUUGCUAUUAUAAUUGCUACUGCAUUCAAGGCUAAGUUUGAUGCUCCGCCUUAUGAGGUUGAUCCCGUCGGUUCGACCGUUUUGGAAGCGGACUAUAUUUGGAGGAUAAUUGUCAUGGUUGGAGCAUUGCCAGCUGCAUUGACAUACUAUUGGAGGAUGAAGAUGCCGGAAACCGCUCGCUAUACUGCUCUAGUUGCGAAGAACACAGAACAGGCUGCAAAGGAUAUGUCUAAGGUUCUUCAGGUUGAGAUUGAAGCUGAGCCGAAAAAUGAUCAAGCACAGGCCAAAGCAUUUGGCUUGUUCUCAAAGGAGUUUCUCCGCCGCCACGGGAUGCAUCUUCUCGGCACAACAAGCACAUGGUUCUUGCUUGAUAUUGCAUUUUACAGCCAGAAUCUCUUCCAGAAAGACAUCUUCAGCGCAAUUGGUUGGAUCCCUCCAGCAAAAACCAUGAAUGCCAUUGAGGAAGUUUACAGAAUUGCAAGAGCUCAGACGCUUAUUGCUCUCUGCAGUACUGUUCCUGGCUACUGGUUUACAGUGGCUUUUAUAGACAGGAUUGGAAGAUUUCGUAUUCAAUUGAUGGGGUUCUUCUUCAUGACAGUCUUCAUGUUUGCUCUUGCCAUUCCUUAUGACCACUGGACUCAUAAGGAGAACAGAAUAGGUUUCGUGGUGAUGUAUUCCCUGACUUUCUUCUUCGCGAAUUUCGGGCCUAAUGCCACCACAUUCGUCGUGCCGGCCGAGAUUUUCCCGGCUAGAUUCCGGUCCACUUGCCACGGAAUUUCGUCCGCAGCCGGGAAGCUCGGGGCUAUAGUCGGAGCAUUCGGGUUCUUGUACCUGGCACAGAACAAGGACAAGAGCAAAGCAGAUGCAGGGUACCCUGCAGGUAUUGGAGUGAAGAAUUCACUGCUUAUGUUGGGCAUGGUCAACAUUUUAGGAUUCUUUUGUACUUUCUUGGUGCCUGAGGGAAAGGGAAAAUCUUUGGAGGAAAUGUCAGGUGAGAAUGAAGAGGAAGGUUGAAAUGGAAGGAAGAGUCAGAGUCACAUUCUUGCAGCACCACAACUGUUCCAUUGGUUUAGGUCUUGUUUAAUUGCAAUAAAGCACUACCUUCAAAGGAAAAGCACAAAUUUUUACCCGGAUAUCAUGUUAGAGUAAAUGAGGAGCUGUUUGUUUUGUUCUACUAUGAGUGUUCCAUUAUUCGAGUGUAGAGAAGAACUUUCAAUUUUCAAAUUCAAUAACCCUUUUGUGCUUAAAAGAAAAGAAAAAAAAGA